AAAGAAUGAGAAGCCCUUCUUUUAGCAAACUUCCCUAUCAAUGGAGGACUACAUCCCCCAGAAUACCACGCACCCAUACUCCACGAGAUUAUUGUCAGUCGGACGCCCUGGCGUAAUACAACGACGCUGCGGAAGUCACAACCGGAACUUCAUGUAGCUUCGCCCCGGAAGUAGUCUCCCUGACUCCAUCUAAUGAGCCGGUGCGGGAAAAGAAGCGUGUCCUUUCGCCGCGUGCGAAGGGCUCGUGGCUAUGGCUACCCUCUUGGUCGAGGACUUGCUGGCGCGCGCCGAAGAGCGCGAGGCGGAGACCCAGCGCUGCGUGGCGGUGCAGAAGGAGCUGGAGUUGGAGUUCGACUUGGGGAACUUACUAGCGGUGGAUAAAAACCCGGCUCCACGCGCCCUUGCGCGAGUCUCCUCGGAGCGCGAGUCUCUCCUGCGCGCUUUGGCUCGAGAUAACAGUCAGUUGCUGGUGGGCCAGCUGUGGGCGCUGCCGUCCGAGCGGGUGGAAGGGGGCGCGGGCCCCGUAGUGGCCCGCCUGCCCGAACCCUCGACGCGCUUGCCCAGGGAAAAGCCGCUGCCCAAACCUCGGCCGCUCACCAAAUGGGAGCAGUUCGCGCGCCUCAAAGGCAUCCGGCCGACGCGGAAGAAGCGCGGCACCUUGGUCUGGGACGAAGCCGCCAAAGAGUGGCGACGGCGCUGGGGUUACCGCCGAGCUGGCGGAGAUCCUUCCCGCGACUGGCUCUUGGAAGUGCCGGACUCGGCCGACCCGAUGGAGGAUCAGUUCGCAAAGCGGCGCCAGGAGAAGCGGGAGCGGGUGGCGCGCAACGAGCUCAACCGCCUGCGGAACCUGGGGCGCGCUCACCGGGGCCGGGGGGCGGCCGACCUGCACCCGACGGGCCACCAAGACCGGGCCGAGAUGGGCCGCGCCUCCGUCCUGGCUCGCGUCUCUACCGCCUCCCGCGGCCGCUUCCAACCUCGCCUUCCCAAGGAGCCCGCCGUCGCGCAGACCAACACAGCCCGCGGAAAGAAGCGUCGUUUCCAGCCGCUGCUGGGAGACCUUGAAGGGGAGAAGAAGCGGCACCUGGAGUUAGCCCGCAGCCUGAGCAGCAAGAAGCCGCCUCUGGACUUGACCCGCGCGGUCAACAAGCAGCUCCGCGAAGAGGAGGCCGAGGCUGCCAGAGGCAAAGGCAAAAGGCGCGAGCAGCGGGGCAAGAGGGGUCGAAGGCAGCAGCAGAGGUCCGGACACGCCAGGGGCAAGAAAAGCGCAGGAGCAGGUCGCAGAGGAAAUCCGGGGGCAUCUGGAAGCUUCAACAGGAAAAGAAAAUAGCAGACUGAAGCGGUUUAUUUUAUGUAAGGCUGCAGCAAAAUGUGGACUUGCUAAGUUAAACAUUAUUUUCAUCAUUUUGACACUAUGAAUUCUGAUUUCAGCAACACUGUAGAUUUUGUCUGGGGAGAUGUAUGUGGAUAUAUGUACGUGCCCACUGUUCUUACAGCAAGAUUAAAGACAUUGAAUUAAACCUGUGUUUUUUU